CCUACUAAUACAUAUCUCAAAGCAUCAACCUAUCCAACUAUUCAAUUACCACUACCGCUUAUCAAAAAACAGUUACUUGUGCUUGAUCUCAAUGGUACCCUUAUCUCACGUAUCAAACGACCCAAUGGUGGCUUCUACUUACGUCCACAUCAUUCCACAUUUUUCGAUUACAUCUUUUCUAAUUUCGUAGUCAUGAUUUGGAGCUCUGCUCAGAAACAUUCUGUAGAGGCCAUGUGUAAAGUGAUUGAUUAUCCUCUUCAACUGGUUUGGGAUCGCAGCCAUUUCGGUCUGUCAACUGCUGAAUUUUAUAGUAAAAUAGAUACAAUUAAAGAUCUGGAUAAGGUGUGGGAGGUCUUACCAGAGUUUAAUGCCGCUAAUACAAUCGUACUGGAUGAUACACCUUUCAAGUUGGUAAAACAGCCCUAUAAUUUAAUAAAAGUGAGUACAUUUCAACAUGGCGAUAAGUGCGAUCAUGAAUUGUUUCAUGUCAUAGAUUAUUUAAAGACAAUACAGUUGCAAUCAAACGUUACAAACUUUGUAAAGAAUAACCCUUAU